CUAGCGUUCUCUAGGAGAAAAAACCCUAAAUUGAUUUCUCUCAAAAUCCAAUCGAAUCAAGAUGCAAUCAAGUGAUGAAAAUAUGGAUCCAAGUGAAGGAGUGUACCAGCAUAUCGAUUCUACAAAAGAGAUCUGGAAAGCACUCCAAGAUAUGACUUUGGGAUCUGACAGGGAUCGGUGGUCCAUCCAUGAACAUGCUCGAGAAGUCUUCCAAAAGGAUCAUCGAACCUGUCUGGUGGCUAUGGGGCUUAAUCCAUAUCAUCAGAAUCCUGCAGGGCUUAAGGUUGCUCUACCUAGAGCUUGGCAGCUAACGGGAAAGGUUGAGAGCCAGAUCAACAAUAACGGAACGGUGAAUUUCUACUUCGAAAGCGAGCACCAUAUAUUGAUGGUUAUGGAGAAGGCACCAUAUACUUAUCGUGGUUGGUUAGUCGCUUUGGAUAUAUGGAGUAAUCGAAGCAAUCCCGACUUCCUACGCACUAUACCUUUCAAGGUUAAGAUACUUAAUCUUCCUAAUAUGUAUCGAAGGCCAGAGAUAGUUUGGAGCAUAGGAUCCAAGUUGGGACAUGUCAAAGAAGUAUUGAUCAUAGAACCAACCGUGAAUAGAGCAGCAGAAGUUUCAGUGAAGAUUGAUUUUGAUGUUGAUCACCAGAUCAUUUUAACGAAGAAAGUUGAAAUCUUCACCAAUACUCCACCUGCUGAUCUGAGCUUUAGAUACACCGGUCUCCAGAAGUUCUGCAUCAUUUGUGGGAGUCUGAGGCAUGAAUUUGAAGCAUGUGAAGGCGCGACUCUGCUCACUCAGAGACAGAUGAGGCUAUUGGAUACCGGUACAAAUCCAUAUGUGACUGCAGAGGAACGCAGUACAGCAAUACAACAGUAUUUGGCUAGCAGGAAAGAAGGUGAAACAUCAAGAAACACAGCAGCAACUCAAACUAUGGAAGAAGAAGCAACAGUGGGCUUCAUAACACCAGCUGGAACAGGAGUGAUGUCGUCUGCCCCUACAAGUUCAACCGUUUUACCAGCUCCAGCUGACCUAACAGACGACCAAGGAACUAAAAGGAAAGCAACUGAAGAAGCUGAUGAGGAGCGUGAAAGAGCUCCAAAGAGGAUUGUGUUGAAUCAACCUGAACUUGAAGAAAAUCAUGGUUUGGUGGUUCUCCACAAACCACCACCUCAACCAUGAAGCUUCUUCAUUGGAAUUGUCAAGGCUUGGGAGGAGACUUGACAAUUCCACAUCUAAAAGACAUUAGGAAAUCUCAUAAUCCUGAUGUCAUCCUCCUAGUAGAAACUAAGCAUGUGGAUAGCUAUGUAAAACAACUAGCAAAGGACCUAGGCUACCAGAAUGUUUUUGUUGUUUCUGCGAAUGGUAGCAGUGGAGGUGUUGCAGUUUUUUGGAGUGAAAGGGUUAGGAUUACUAUGUUAGACAACCCUACUCUGUAUUGUACAAAUAUGUGUAUACAAGAUGGCACCAACACUUUUUGGAUGUCAUAUAUAUAUGGGAAUCCGGUUGCCAAGUAUAGAAAAGAGCAGUGGAAUGGAUUGAUUCAAUCUGAGAUUGCAGGUUAUCUCAAAGACAAGCCUCGUCUUUUGGUUGGAGACUUCAAUGACAUCAAGAACGGCGAGAAGAAGGGAGGCAUCAUCAGGUCAAUUAUGUCUUGCUCCCUAUUUAAUAGAUUGAUUUCGAUCCUUGGUGUCCACGAUAUUAAAACUCUGGGGGGAAAAUAUACUUGGAUGGGAAAAAGAUCUAAGUAUACCAUCAUGUCCAGGAUUGAUAGGGCUCUAGCUAAUAAUCAUUGGAUGGAUAUGUAUCCUUCUGCUACAAUAUUUUUAUUACCGUGGAUUGGCUUUGAUCAUCGUCCAUUACUUUUAAAUACUGAAGGAUUUAGGUGGAAGAAGUCUUGAGCCUUCAGAUAUGACAGCAGAUGGAGACUCUACCCUAAGCUAAAAGAAGUAAUGGAGCAAGCUUGGAGUCAAGAAUGCAAAAUUUCUCAGAAGGAGAUAUCUACACUAUAAUAAAGAGGUUCAGAAGUGCAUUAUCCCUAUGGAGAAGUAAGCAUAACACAAACUCAGGGAAAAUUAUAAACCAGCUUAAGGAACAGAUUCAAAAUGUUUAUGAAGCUCCUGUUAUACACUAUGCCAGGUUAGAGGAUCUAAAACUUCAACUCCAACUUCAAUACAGGCUUGAAGAGGAGUACUGGAGAACCAAGAGUAGGAUCCUCUGGUUGCAAGCUGGUGACAAGAAUACAAGGUACUUCCAUUCUAAAACAAAGCAGCGGAGACACAUCAACAGAAUCACCUUUCUUCAGGAUGACCAAGGCAAGGUGUACUCUACUGCUAAAAGCAUUCGACAACAUAUAGAGCAUUAUUCUCAAUCCCUAUAUGCUAGUAAUGGAUGUACUUUUGAUGCAAACCUCUUGAAUGGCAUACCUUCUACAGUAACAGAAGACAUGAAUCGCAAGCUUACAUCACCAGUCACAGAACAGGAGAUUAAAGCUGCAGUUUUUGCUAUGGAUCCUGAUAAAUCACCUGGACCUGAUGGGAUGACUCCUGCCUUCUACCGACAGCACUGGGAAACUAUUAAAACAGACAGGGUUAUGGAACGGAUGGGAUUCUGUUGGCAAUGGUGACAUUGGAUUAGGCUAUGCAUCUCCACCAUCUCAUACUCAGUACUGAUCAAUGGAGAGCCAACUCAUUUCAUCAAACCGCAGAGAGGCCUAAGGCAAGGUGAUGCCAUAUCACCUUAUCUUUAUAUUUUGUGUACUGAAGGACUGUCUACACUGAUAAAGCACAAUAUUAUUGAGCGUAAAAUCCAUGGUUUCAAGGCCUCCAGAAGUGGUCCUGCUAUAUCACAUCUCUUGUUUGCUGAUGAUUCAUUGCUUUUUUGCAAGGCGACUGAAGAAGAAAGCCAGGAACUGUUACAGAUACUCAACAUAUACCAGCGAGCUUCAGGACAAGAGAUUAAUUACAAAAAGUCGGCCACAGCCUUUAGUAAAGGUACACCCUCUCAACUCCAGCACAAAAUAUCUCAACGAUUUGGAAUCACGAAGGUAUGAGGAUUUAGUAAAUACUUAGGGCUCCCAGAUUAUAUCGGUAAAAAGAGGAAAGAGGUUUUUGACUCAUAGUCCAGAGAGUCAAAAAUAAAUUAGAGGGUUGGUAUUCAAAAUUUUUAUCCCCAGCGGGUAAGGAGGUAUUACUCAAAGCUGUUAUUACGUCUUUACCUACAUACACCAUGUCCUGUUUCUUAUUACCAAAGACACUGAUAAAGGAAAUCACUAAAGCUAUGAGACAAUUUUGGUGGUCUGCGAUAAAGGAUAAACAUGCCUUACAUUGGGUAGCUUGGGAUAAAAUCACAGCUUCAAAACAAGAUGGGGGGGUUAGGAAUUAGAGAUAUGUUGGCUUUUAAUAAAGCUCUGCUUGCUAAGCAAGCGUGGAGACUGAUGACAAAAUCUACAUCUCUCCUCGCUCGUGUGUUCAAAGCUAAAUAUUAUAGGAAAACAGAUUUUAUGGAAGCCAGAAGUUACCAAUCAUCAAGUUAUGCUUGGAGGAGCAUAAUUCAAACCCAGCCUUUGAUCAAAAAAGGAAUGAAAUGGAUAGUGGGAGAUGGGCAGUUAAUCAAAGUCUGGAAAGAUAACUGGCUCCCUGAUAAAUCUUCUGUUACCCCCAACUCCCCUCAAACAAACCAGGAUCCUGAUCUAAUGGUUAAAGACCUUUUCCUCUUAGGUACAACAACAUGGGACGCUAAUAAGAUUCGACGUCUGAUACAUGAAGAAGAUGCAAAAAAGAUCUUAAUGACGCGUCCAAGUAUUACGGGACUCUCAGAUACAAUACGAUGGGAUCUUACCAAGUCUGGAAGCUACACAGUCAAGACAGGAUAUCACUUGCAACGGACGAUAGAUAAAGAAGACCAACCGAAUCAGGUUCCUAUCUCAUCUGCUUUCAAUCUACAUCAUAGUGUCUUAACUAGAUUUUGGAACCUGAAAAUCCCUCAAAAAUUAAAAAUAUUGGGGUGGAAAGUGAUGCACAAUGCACUCCCAGUAGCAAGUAAUCUGAACAAAAGAGGAUGUCGUUUAAAUACUGACUGCCAAGUCUGUGGAGAGGGAGUUGAAGAUAUUAAGCACAUGCUCCUAGAAUGUAAAGUAUCAAAGGAGAUAUGGUCCCUCUCUCUGCUGGAUAAGUUUCCUGAGAUAGAGCAGAACAGUACAGUUCAACACUUCUUACAAAGGAUUGUUGAACAAAAUACUGUUAACUUGGAUCAUACAUUGCCAUUUUUCCUUGGUUGGAGAAUCUGGAAAAUGAGGAACAAGGUUAUCUAUGAAAAUAAAAGAGAUCACAUUGUGCAGGUAAUCAGGGCAGCUUGGAUGGAUAAACAAUAAUGGGAAGAAGCCAUAUGAUGCGACCCACCAACGUAUCAGGAGAGACAAAUUGUUCCAAGCUCUGUCCCACAGGUUCUUCCACAAGGAGUGGACUUUACUGCACUGUAGACGCCUCUUGGAAGUCACCAGCGGAUAAAGCUGGAAUAGGAUGGUCCUUAUACAGCAAAGAAGGCAUUCUUAGACUCCAAGGAAGCUCUGCAAUUGAAGCUACUACAUCUCCACUGGUAGCUGAAGCAAUGGCGAUACUAUUAGCUGUUCAGCAGCUGAACUGCACGGGGUACAAUAACGUCGCAGUUCUAGGUGACUCUCUGCAGCUGUUUAAGUGUCUCAAUCAUACGGAAACUGAUGUUGGCAAAAGGGACGCCAUCUUCAAUGAGGCAACACCUAUUGUGGCAGACAUCUUAGCUCUUUCACACUUGAAUAGAUUUUGUUUCCAAUGGGUACCUAGGAAUGUAGUUCAAUAUGCUGAUCAUUUAGCUAAUAGAGCUAGGUGUAGUAUGCAAGAAUACAUUGUAACCUGGCUCCAAACAUAAGCCAUUGUAAAACCUUCAUACGAAAAUGAAAUAGAAAGUUGACAAAAAAAAACAAAGAUUCAAGAAAACGUUUCACAUACAUUAGAAAUAUUUUUAAAAAAUAUUA